UUAGUCUGCAAAACAAACGUAACAGUUAAAUGAAUGUAAGUGGAAAAUACUGUAUUUAAGCUUUAUCCUUUGUGGCGUAACAUGCUGCGUUAUAAAACUGUCCGUUGUAAAACAGUUAUUUCUAAACAUUAAAAACUAAUUUCACGAAGCGGUUUUUCAGUUGUGUCACCACCGUUUAGUUACAUAACACAGCACAAUUUAUUAUCUUUUUUUUUUUGGAAAACGUAGCGAAGAUCGUUUAAUAGGGCGAAUAGAAGAAACUUAACAACAAAACGAUUAACGACAGUCGUUAAAAUAAGCUAUGGAUAAAAUCUUCGGUGUAAGUACCGUCAUACCGUUCGUUUGCCCUUUACCAAGUAAAGGGAUACAUGAUAAAAUGCCUUCUUUCCAUCAAAAUAACUAGAAACGGCUCUAAUCGUUUCCUCACUCGGUUUGAAUUCAGAUACACACUGUGCUGCCAUAUGAACAAAGAUAUAUCCAAUAGUAGGCAGAAAACAUAAAGCAGUAAGGUGUAUGUGAAGAUGCAACUUUUAUUGUUGUUUUUGGUGUUUCUGCAAUGCGCAUGCGCACAAGAAGGGUAUACGUCCGAAGACAUGAGCCAGCAGCUGUACGGGACCAAGUUUGCGAAUGAGUUUUUCAGGUCUCUGCAACGUGGGUCGCUGUUGCAUGAAUUCGGUAUCAAGACAUAUGUAGCAGCAGGGUCCACUGAAUGCUACUUCCAAUACUGCGCAGCUGGCGCCGAACUUGUAGUCGGUUUCGAGAUGGCGACGUCAGGGGGUGUUGCCAACAAAGGCUUACUCUCUGGUUACGUAAGUUCGCCAAAUGGAACUCGUUUACUCGUAAGCUCAGAGCCAAAAAACGAACAGCAGUUUGAAGUUGAAUGCGCCGAAAAAGGCGUUUACGAGUUCUGCCUUGACAACACCGGAGACCAUUUGUUCCCAAAACUCGCCUACUUUCAUAUUGUUGUUUUGAACAAGCAGUUGUUUACGACUUUCCAUGAAUCAGUCCAAAAUAGUAACGAAUCGGAAACGUUUAUGACCACCAUGUACCAAGUAUUUGACAAGGUGUUUCAUAUCAACAAAAACUGGAUGGUGGUAAAAAUGGUCCAGCAUCACAAAGAAGCGAUGAAACAUCGGGAUAUAGACACGUUGGUUUCUAACGCUUGGAGAGUCAGCUCAACUGCAAUGGCAACCAUAAUGGUCACCCUUUUCGUUGGAUUAGCACAGGUUUACAGCGUGAGACGAAUGUUCAAUGAAAAAUCCGGCAAAGGAAAAACGGCGUUAAGAUUGUAAAAUCUUACCAAAAAUAUUAAAAUGAUUCUUGUCACAUUUGAUAUAAUAUGUCAGUAGAUGGAUUUUAUGGCAGUUGUGCAACAGAAUUUAUUUCCAAUUUUUACAUCCAUUUAAUGAACUGCUUAAACACUGUUUUGCGCUUACGCAACGAAUAGUUACGUAACGAAAAUGGCUUGGGAAACAAGAUACAGAUACGAGUGGAUUGCCCUGUAGUGCUUGGGCCUGGCAUCUUUCAGGCUUGUUUAUCGCAUCUUGUCAUUCUCACAGCGUUACCCUAAUUCAUACUGACAUACAUUUCACAGGACUUUGAUUAUAAGUGACCAGGUAUAAAAUAAACGGUUUUGUAAAUAGAA